UUAUCAGCUCACAGUGGAAUAAUAAUAAGGGUCUGAAUUUAGCUUGACAUAUGGCUUCAUUCAUUCUUGUUCUUUUCCCAUUUCUCCUGCUACAGGCAGCCCUAGGUUCAGUGUUCCUGGAUGGAGAGAAAGCUGACAGUGUGUUGUGGAGACGUAGACGAGCGAACACAUGGCUAUUCGAGGAGUUUCUGCCGGGAAAUGUGGAGAGGGAGUGUAUAGAGGAGAAGUGUGUCCUGGAGGAGGCCAGAGAAGCCUUCGAAAAUGACGAGAAGACAAUGGAGUUUUGGGCAAGUUAUGUUGACGGGAACCAGUGUAAACCAUCACCCUGUCAGAACCAGGGCACAUGUGAGGACCAGAUGGGCACAUACAGCUGCAACUGUCUGCCAGGCUUUGUUGGCAAAAACUGUGAAAUAGUGACUACCAAAAAGUGUGAUGUUGAUAAUGGGGGCUGUGAGCAUUUCUGUGUUCUCCUGGAGUCUCACAAGACCGAGUGUCAGGUGCAUAUGGAUACAAACUCUCAGAAGAUGGUUACAUGUGAGCCAACAGUGAAGUUCCCAUGUGGCAAAACGGUUAAACCUGCAGUGAAGACCUUUGGCACAGCAUCCGUGACGAACACAUCAGCUCAGUCUUCUAAUAAGACCAUCAAAUCCACAUCCAGCAUUUCCAAACCAAACAAUCUGACAAACCCUACAAAUUUCAAAGACAAAAAUGAGAAACUCGCGCCGUCUCGUGCUAAACUGCCAAAAUGGGCCUUUGAGGAGUAUUUGACAUCUCCUGCUCCUACAGUAAGUGGCCCAAAAAGUCGUAUUGUUGGUGGCAAUUCGGCCUUACCUGGAGAAAUCCCUUGGCAGCUGGCGCUGGUGUCGCGCUCAACACAGCAGGUGUUCUGUGGAGGAUCCAUCCUCAACCCGCUGUGGGUGAUCACUGCUGCCCACUGCCUUCUGGGAAACCACAAUGGAUCCUUCUACAUCAGAGUUGGUGAGCAUGAUGUCUCCAAGAUUGAAGGCACAGAACAGAAUGUGGACGUCAUCAAAUUAAUCUCACACCCUCGCUACAACUCCAAAGUCAGCCUUUUCAAUCACGACAUCGCUUUGCUGCGGCUCCGCUCCCCCAUUCGGUUAACCCCUACAGUGCGUCCCAUCUGCCUGGGGCCCAUGGUCUUCUCCAACACCUUGCUGCAGUCUGGAUCUCUGGCCACAGUCAGCGGUUGGGGUCGUGUGCGCUUCCAGGGCCGAAGUGCAGCGACUUUACAGAAGGUUGAGCUGCCUUAUGUGGGCAGAACAGUGUGUAAGGAAAGCAGCAGUGACCCAAUCACACACUUCAUGUUCUGUGCGGGUCACUCGGACUCUCCUAAAGACGCGUGUCAGGGGGACAGCGGAGGACCUCAUGCUAUGCGCUACCACAGCACUUGGUUCCUCACUGGCAUCAUCAGCUGGGGAGAGGAGUGUGCCAAGAAAGGGAAGUAUGGUGUGUAUACACAGGUUGGCAACUACUACCGGUGGAUACAGCACAUGAUGGGGGUUACUACAGGAGCCCUGCUAACUGACAUAGACCAGUGAGCUUUAAAGAAGUCCGUUUUAUUAUAACUGCACACAUGGUCAAUCUUGAACAAGAAAGUUAAUCUUGGUCUAAUAAAGUCAAAUAAAUUUAA